AUGAUGGGCUAUGAUCCCGCUGCUUACCAGCAGCUCUACGCGCAGCAGGCCCAGGCCUUCCAGCAGGCAGCGCAGGCAGCGGCCGGCAUUAGCCAAUUUCCAGGCUUUGCUGGGGCCGGUGCCCAACAGCCUGCACAACAGGCAGUGCCUGCACAGGCCGCCUCACAGGCGCUCGUCGGUCCAGUAGAGUGUGUGGGCCAGACCGCACACGUGACGGUCAGUGGCUGCACGCACGGAACCGUCGGUGGUAUCGUGAGAGGCAAUUUCACGGCGAAUGGUCAAAACCAUGGGAAGCCAACGUACAAGAAGGAUCACCAAGUCAACGGCUUGGAUGUCAUGCUCUACUACUGGGACGAGCGUGACGGUCCCAACUUUUGCGGCUGGUGGUUCGGUCCCAAGGUCGGCGGCGACCAGGUGUGGGCCUACCAUCCGAGCCGCCAGUCUCUGACGCCUCCCACCAAGGGAUGGAAGGUGCCGUACGACGGCCCUGUGGAUGACAGCUUCUCUAUCUGUCCGACUUCGCUAGCCAAUGCGAACGCGGCCCAGCAGGGCGGCCAGGGCUUUCAGGCUCCCGGCAAGGGCGGAGGGUAUCAAGCACCCGGAGCCUAUGCCGGUCAACAGCAGCCGGGACCGGGUGCUGGCGGCAAGGGCAGCUAUGGCAACAUGCCCCAGAACGAACAGCAGCGCCACGAACUGCAAGCGCAGAACCGACGGCAACACGAGCAGCGGCGCGCAAUGCAGCGGCGGGAGGAGGAGAUGCGACAGCAGCAGCAGGCGGAGGCCAUGCGCAAAGCCGCGGCACAAAAGAUGCAAAUGGAGGAGGAGCAGCGCCGUGUCGCCGAGCAGAAACGGAAGGAGCAGGAGGCGUGUAGCUCAAUCCGCGCGGUCUGCCAGAAGAUGCGCAUGGUGCAGGAGGAGUCCUUCCCACAGCUUCAGCAGGAGCUGUACGACGUGAUGCAGAAGGAGUUGAACAACUGCGGCAUGCACAUGGCCAAGAUCCGCGAGGCAGGUGACUGGUCACGUGCAGCGGUUUUCAAGACGGCGGAGUGCGACCAAAUCGUGGACCAGGCUAGACGUCGACUGCAGGAGGCCGCAGAAGUGAAGGCCUUCCAGGAGAAGAAGAAGGCCGAGAUGCUCGAAGCUCACAAAGCAGCGUGCGCAAAGGCGGAACAGCUCGUCGCUGAUUUCACGGCGAAGGUAGAAGCCGCUGAGGAAGCUGCGAAGGCCUUGGUCGAGAAGGCGGAGCCGUUCACCUCCGAUGAGAGCGUGAUGAACUUGGGGUCAGAAGACAAUAUCCUGGAGGAGGCCAGCAAAAUCGACGAGGCCAGGGAUGAAGCAGCAGCGCGAACUGCUGAGUGCCAAGAGUACCUGAAGGAGAACCGUUCGGCCAUGACAAUCCAGGAUAUGCCUGGCCAGCCGCCGGCUGAGGUGAAGCAGGUGCACGCCGGAGUCGGCCACGUUACUUGGAGCCUUUUCCAAGUUUUGUUUUCUGCUGAGGCCUCCCAGGAGGCUUCGGCUUUGGCUUUGGAUGCCGGAGCAAGUUGGGACUGGCAGACCAGGGGUGCGCACUAUGCUGCACAAGUGAAGGGCACCGAAGUCUUUGCUGAUGAAUCUGACGAUCUGCAAAGGGCCGUGCUUGCAUACAGGAUGCGACAAGAGCGGGCACUGGAGGUUAUGCAGAAGAUCCGCCGCGGCGAAGAGCGCAGUGCCGCAUGGCUUCCGUCCUUAAAGAGUGUGAAACUCAAGGAAAAGGUCUUCGAGGAUCGAGGAGCAGCUUUGUCGGUGUAUACGGGUCAUGACGCCAGCAUUGCUGUAAGCCAAGAUGGUCGAGUCCUGUGCGUUCUGGAAAUGGAGCGACUGCUUGGAGUUCGUUAUGCUCGCCUUAAGGGUCAGGGGUCGGAAUUCUGGGAGCAGAUUUUCCAUGCUAUUUCUACUGUGAGGGAUCAUUGUCCUGGAGGGUUUCCGCAGCAUUUCAAGCAUGGCGUGAUGGUGGCAGAUCAUGUGAGUUAUUGGCAGUUGUUUACAGUCAUUCCACUGAUUGUGGAAGAAUACUUCCCAGUGGAGAAGUGGCACUGGGUGGAUCAUCACCAGGCACAUGCCUUAAUGGCGUACCACAGCUCACCUUUUCGCACUGCUUUGAUCGUGACUUACGACGGAGGCGGAAACGAUGGCUCAUUCAAUGCCUAUGUUGGAAGGGUUGGGGGUGACGGGCAAGUGGAGCGAAUUGCGCAGCUCGACUUUAACCUGGGCGAAAUGUACAACUUUCUCGGCGGCCUGCUGCCAGAAGUUUCAGGUCUCGACACGGCACAGAUUUGUGACCUGUGGCGUCUUGGCCAGCCGGUGAUUCUGGACCAGGUAAGAAAGCCCGAACUCGGCACGGCAGGGAAGCUAAUGGGGUACGCUGCUGUCGCUCCUGCAGACGACAAGCUGACUAGUGUCCUGGAGGAGCUUUUUGAAGGGUCUGGCUGUGUGUUUGGUCACGCUUCAGACGCCUUCGGAUAUUUCCCAUUUCAGGCACGUGCCUCUGGUUGGAAAGACAUCAGCUUUGCGAAUGCAACCUUGCCCGUUUCUGUGUUAGAAGCUGCCUGCGCUUCCACAGAAUCACAACGCAUCCUCGGUGCCUCCAUCGAAAAAGCCUUCGAAUCGAUUGCUGUUGGAAUCGUUUGGUCCCUCUUGCAACACGUUGGCUUCGACAAGGUCGAAGGUUUGGCUUUGAGCGGUGGCUGUGCUUUGAGUAUCCGCACGAAUCAGCUACUCUACGAUCGCCUCAGUGAGAUAGGUUUGGGGUUUUUCGUUCCGCCAGCACCCAAUGAUUGCGGGUUAUCAGUCGGAGGACUCUACAGCGUUACUGCGCCGUGGGUUCGUCAGCCCCUACAAUAUCUCGGCUUUGAGCUGUGGGACAAAGUGCAUUUGGGGGAGCUUGCUCGAAAGCGUGGCGCGGUGAAGCUAUCAGAGCUUGGCGGCAUUGAGUACUUGGCUGCACUUCUAGCCGGGACCGUAGACUCAGCCAGGCGCCGUGCUUCUCGGAAUGGCACGGAAUGGAACGUCGUCACAAGGCAUAGGCCCAUCGUCGCGGUCGUGCGCGGGAGGCAGGAGUUUGGCCCCAGGGCGCUGGGCCAUCGAUCUCUGCUCGCUGUAGCCACAGACGAGGAGAUGCCGAAGAGGAUGAACCGGCUGAAAGUCAGAGAGUGGUAUCGCCCUGUUGCGCCUAUGAUCGCUGAAGAGGCUUUGACAGAAGUCUUUGGUCGCACUGUUCGGUCGCCAUACAUGACAUUGGCCCCCGUGGUGAAACCGGAAAUUCGAAAGCGCUUCCCUGCCCUGGCACAUUUUGACGGGACUGCGCGGCACCAAUCUGUAUCAAAGGAGGAUGAGCCAUGGAUUCAUGCCUUGCUGACGAUCGUCGGAAGAUUGACAGGGUUGGCGGCACUAAUCAACACAAGCUUCAACACCAAGGGCAAGCCAAUCGUGAACACAGCCAGGGAGUGUCUGCAAAUGCUGGACCGGCUGCCGGAUUUAGAUUUCGUGCUCAUUGAAGACUGGCUGUUUCGUAAACGGCUGACACGGGUUCUCGCAAAGAUCAUGGACAGGCUGACGGAGACAGCCAAAAAGAAGGAUGGCGUGAUGGUGAAGAUCAUGGUCGUCAAAAGCAAAGCCAUGAGGAGGAGCAAGGCGAAGAAAACUCUGGAGGACCGGAAGGCCAAGUUCACCAAGUAUGCCAAGGACGGCGUCCUUGACAAGAAGCAGGUUACAGCCUACUGCAAGAAGGAGUUUAGCCUUGCCCUCAAGGAAGAUGCAGUCGCCAGGAUCUUCAAGGCGCUGCAAGUCACCAAAGGCGUGGCUGCGGCCGACUUCCAGCGGCUUCGGGUCCAGAUUGGCAUCAUCCGGGAGAGCAUCAAAGAUCAGGCUCGGCUGAAGGUUCGGCUGGAGCGAGAGAAGGAGCUCGAGGCCUCAAAGGAAGAGGUCCGAGAGAAGAUCGAGGAGCUUAGUGCAAAAGCGGACGAGGUGGAGGCACCCGUCAAGCAGGUGGAGGACGCCAUCCUUGAGCUUAGCAAGGCGGGGCCUUGGGGCCUCGGGGACCGCGGCUGA